UAAAAAUUACCUAAUAGGGGCGACGCUACAGUUGGUCUAAUAAAUAUCAGCAGUUAAUUGUUAUCUCUUGUGAAGGUAACCUGGUGAUUGAUGAAAUAAUAAUAAAUCCUCCUGGCACCAGUAGUGCUACAUCAUUCAAUUCAAUGGAUACGAGCACCGGCACAGUCAUCUAUAAUCCGGGACCAUAUUCUGAACAUCAGGCAACAACAUCCAGGGCAGAAGUAAACAGGGCCGAUUUCGUGGACGACAGAACUUGUGAAAUCUGCAAUAAAGUUCUUAGUACUCAUUACGCAUUGAAAAGACAUAGAAAAAUUCACCGGAAUAGAGCAGAAGAUGACCAUAGGGCUGAACAACAGCCUACGACACCUAGAGCAGACGAUAACUGUAGGGCUGAUUUCGUGGCCAACAGAACGUGUGAUAUAUGCAAGAAAGUGCUUAGCACACACUAUGCACUAAAAAGGCAUCUAAAAAUUCAUGCUAAAGACAAAAGAUCACGUUCGUGUCAAAUUUGUGGCGCGCAGUUUUUAACGGUCUAUGCUCUAGGUGUCCAUAAAAAUCAUCAACACGAGGGAAACAUUCCAAAAUGUGAUAUUUGUGAAAAACAAUUUAGUACAAAUUACCAUUUGAAAAGACACAUGGAAAGAGUUCAUAAUAAAUAAGUGUGUAAUUUUAAUAAAAUUAAGUGUGUUA